GAGGAGGAAGCGGCUGCUACUGUGACUACUGAUAAUACGCCUGUUAUCACCACUGAGGAGGCGGCUGCUGCUACUGUGACUACUGAUAAUACGCCUGUUAUCACCACUGAGGAGGCGGCUGCUGCUACUGUGACUACUGAUAAUACGCCUGUUAUCACCACUGAGGAGGCGGCUGCUGCUACUGUGACUACUGACAAUACGCCUGUUAUCACCACUGAGGAGGCGGCUGCUGCUACUGUGACUACUGAUAAUACGCCUGUUAUCACCACUGAGGAGGCGGCUGCUGCUACUGUGACUACUGAUAAUACGCCUGUUAUCACCACUGAGGAGGCGGCUGCUGCUACUGUGACUACUGAUAAUACGCCUGUUAUCACCACUGAGGAGGCGGCUGCUGCUACUGUGACUACUGAUAAUACGCCUGUUAUCACCACUGAGGAGGCGGCUGCUGCUACUGUGACUACUGAUAAUACGCCUGUUAUCACCACUGAGGAGGCGCCUGCUGCUACUGUGACUACUGAUAAUACGCCUGUUAUCACCACUGAGGAGGCGGCUGCUACUGUGACUACUGAUAAUACGCCUGUUAUCACCACUGAGGAGGCGGCUGCUACUGUGACUACUGAUAAUAUGCCUGUUAUCACCACUGAGGAGGCGGCUGCUGCUACUGUGACUACUGAUAAUACGCCUGUUAUCACCACUGAGGAGGCGGCUGCUACUGUGACUACUGAUAAUACGCCUGUUAUCACCACUGAAGAGGCGGCUGCUGCUACUAUGACUACUGAUAAUACGCCUGUUAUCACCACUGAGGAGGCGGCUGCUGCUACUGUGACUACUGAUAAUACGCCUGUUAUCACCACUGAGGAGGCGGCUGCUGCUACUGUGACUACUGAUAAUACGCCU